CCUACCUAGGUAGGCUGCGCUGACAUUCAUCUACAACGUCGAGCAACCUGCCUUCCUGUGCGGUGCGAGUCCGACUCGGUCUUUCCCACCAGUGGCCGCUUUCGCCACAGGUGCCCGUUCCCAGCACUCAUCGAGGAAUGGCCGGAAUUUGCAGACGAGAUUGUACUUGAUCUACGCAAUUCCAAGCACGAGUCCGAUAUCGACCCUCCCGUCCGUACACCCAAGCGCUCGACCUCCACGCAGAAAGACGCAUGGUCCGAAACCAGCGAGGAAGAAGAGGAUGAAAUCUUCACUCCAAGAGGUCAGCCCGGCGAGGAUUCCGUGACAAGUUGUGAUGCAAGCGAAAAAGGAGGUCUACUCCAAGGUCUGUUAGACUAUGCUGAGUACGAACAUGUCGAGCGUGAUCCAGAAGGUGCAAUGAAGAGGCGGGCAACGAGGAUUGAUAUCUCGGAAGACGAAAUCCCAGUAAAGCAUGAAGAUCCAUGUGUUGUCGACCAUGGUCAAGCGCCUAAAAGCGUUUUGAUGGAGAUUGACGUCCAAAGGAAACUGUGUAAUGUUUGCUUGAAGCGCUUCUCCAGAACCGACGCCCUGAAACGCCAUCACAAGUCCGUCCACCAGAGACUCAGACCAUUCAAAUGUAUUGACUGUGGUCUUCGAUAUCAACGCAAGUAUCUCCUCGACCCGCACCGGGGCUUCCGCAGAGCCGUCCACGCCAGGGCCAGGGUUGCUAGAUCUCUUGAGCAAGGAGAACGCGGGACACACAAAUUAUUUGGCGCGAGGAAAAAGAUCAGAACAAAGGAAGCUUGAACCAGGACUCGUCCAUUGUGCAGCUCUACCUCCUGAAUGAUGGAGCCAUGAAUAUGCAGGCUGUCCUGUCAGUCGUGGCUUGGGUCGAUGGUUUCGUGCAGAUUCCUGACUUGAGCUUAGUUAUCGAUGUAAUCUAAUAUAAGACCGACCUAGCCCUCAAAAAAGGUCGGGACGGUAACAGGCUCUCCGCUGGCCACAGCUGCGACGCUCUCCACAAAGCCUUAUGUGUUCAUGCACGGAACCGGCUGGGAGGAUGUGCAGGCGAGGAAAGGCCGCGAAAUUUCUCAGGACCCAUA